AUGAAACUGUGUGCUGGCUCAUUGCAAACGAUGCCCUACGUAAGCGUUCUGUCAGCGCCGAUGUGUCGAGAUCGCACUGAAUUGAUCAAUAAUCUCAUCGUGUUCGCAUCGAAAAUGAUCAAUCUGAAAUUGUUUCGUAUCGAUGAACAAUGCGCUGAUCUCUUAUUAGAUCCCGAAUUGGAUCGUUGUUGUGCUUUGCGUAAACUUUGUGAAGAAAUUGGAUAUAAAGGCUUAAUUGAAGUGUGGCGAAUGCAAUCAACCGAAGUGGUGAAUGAGUGGAAAUUGGUGCAGAGAAAUUAUUACGAUCGAGAGAAUGCGUUUAUUGGUGGUCGUUUGAAACGUAAUUUUGACGAAGUAAUAUCUGAUGAUAGCAUUCGUUUAUUUUGA